AUGGGCGAUGCGUACCGUACCGUGGCUUGUCGUGGCGUACCGUACUUCUGCCACAGUGUAGGUUGUGUUCGCGCUCCUGCAGAAAAUGACCCGUGCCAGAUGGAGUCCGGCGCCCCAGGAACCUGCCGGGCCAUCGAGUCCUGUCCUUCUGUGCUCGAGUCCUUCCGCCAGAACCGCCCCGUGCACUGUGGCUUCAGCGGCCGGAUUCCGAUCGUCUGCUGUCCGGAAGAUCCGGCCGAGGCAGUGUUGGGACCUAUACUGGACGUGUCUCCUCCAAAAGUCAACUUCGAGUGCGGCGUCCGGUCCCUGAAGGAAGUGUUCAUCCCGCUGCCGGAGACAGUCUCCUCCAGGCGCCGGAAGAGGACGAUCGUCGGCGGCGUCAUCUCCGACAGGAAUACGUGGCCGUGGAUGGCGCUGCUUGGCGAAGUGCAGGGCGACCUUACCUUCGACUGGCUGUGCGCAGGGUCUCUCAUUAACGACCAGUGGGUCCUCACCGCCGCUCACUGCUUCGACAGAAACAAUCCAAACGUGGUACGACUCGGAGAGCACGACUACUCUAGCACAGCCGACGAUGCACAGCACGAGGACUUCACCGUCAUAGAGAAGGUUAUUUAUCCAAAUUACACCUUCCCUGAAGCCCACCACGACCUCGCCCUUUUGAAGUUGGAUAAGAAAGUCGUCCUCAGG